AUGGCUACUUCUACGCGAGGACCGCCAGGCACCGUCGCCGUUUCCAAAGAGGGUAUCCCAAACAGGACCUUAUACGUGCGCAACCUCCCCGACAAGCUACAAAAAGAAGACCUCAAGCGAAACCUGUACAUGCUGUUUGCUACCUAUGGCGUCAUCCUCGAUAUUGUUGCGCUCAAGACGAUGAAGAUGCGAGGCCAGGCGCAUGUUGUGUUCCGCGACGUUGAUUCCUCGACCCAGGCCAUGCGCGCUCUGCAAGGCUUCACUUUCUUUGGAAAGGACAUGCAAAUUGCGUAUGCAAAGACCAAAUCCGACACCGUAGCCAAGCUGGACGGUACCUACAAGAUGCCCGAGCCUGAGCGUGAACACGAGCCUGAACAAGCACCUGCGCAGCCCGCAGGUUUCGGUGCUGCACCCGAGAAAGCAGUACCUGUAAAUGUGCAAGACGCAGCCAAGGGCCAGAAGAGAGGGCGCGAGGAGGAGGAAGAAGAGGAAGAGAAUUCGGACGCGGAGAUGGAGAUGGACGUGAGCGACGACUCGGACUAG